AUGACUUCUCUGAACAUUGCCUUUAUUGGCACCGCUACCGCGGUUCUUGACAUCAAUGGCAUCAAUUUCAUUACUGGUCCACUCUUUUCUCUCGCUGGAACGGAGUGGGAUCAGGGCAUUAUUGUACUGAAAGCUGCAUCUGCUCCUGCUCUGAGCCUGGCAGAUCUCCCGGUCAUAGAUGCUGUACUUCUGAGCCACGAAGACCAUCCCGAUACUCUAGACGGACUUGGUCGUAGGUUGCUCGACGGACGCCGAGUGUUUACUACCCGUGACGGUGCCAACAAACUCGCACCUCGUCCCGGCCACUUGCCCGGCGGAGAAUGUGUUGGCUUCGUCCUGUCCGGCCCGGAAUUUGGCCAAGCUAAUCGAAAGCCAAAUGGCAUUUACUUCUCUGGCGACACUGUGUACAUGGAAGAGCUCACGGCGGUCAAGGACAAAUUCCACAUCCGAGUCGCACUGCUGAGCCUUGGAGCAGCAUCCGUCCCUGUAUCGACCCGCCGCUGCAAAUCACCAUGGACGCACAGGAUUCGCUGGCUGAAACCAGGGGUGGAAACGCCCAUCAUCUGA